AUGCUGCAGGCCGAACACAAAGUCAAGGUCGUGUGUCGGGUGCGACCGUUUCUGGAGGCAGAGCGACCUGACGACUCUGUCAAAGACGUGGAAUUCAACUUCGAUGCCUGCUACGGGCCCGGCGAAACGCAGGAGGCAAUAUACCAGAACGAUGUGGAGCCACUGACUCACACGAUCCAAGGCACUGAGAAGGAUCCAGGGAUCAUUCCGCGCGCACUCAGACACAUAUUUGGGCGGCAGAACCAUGACCCACUGGACUAUGAUAUACGCAUAAGCUACUACGAGAUAUACAAGGAGGCGGUAUAUGAUCUGCUGAAGCCCGGUGAGCCGCCCAUAGCGCUGCCGAUUCGCGAGGACGCCUACCGCAAGGUCUUUGUUGCCGGGUUGUCUGAAAGGAAGAUCACAUCGCUUGAGCAAUUCAAUACCAUCUACCAAAGGGCGUGCCGGAACCGGCGAACAGCCAGCACAAAGCUCAACAACCACUCGUCUCGGUCGCACGCUAUUUUGACUGUCCGGGUUCAGUGGACAGACGAGGAAAAGGCUUGGUGCGGCCGUGUCCAUCUGAUUGACCUGGCAGGAAGCGAGGACAACAGGCGCAGUGCUAUCAACCGCAGCCUAUUUGUGCUGGGCCAGGUCGUGGAAGCCCUGAAUUCCAGCUCAUUGCGCAUCCCGUACCGCGACUCCAAGAUGACGCGCAUCCUGCAGGAUUCGCUGGGUGGCGAGAGCAUGGGCAUGAUGAUUGUCAAUGUUGCCCCUGGCGAGGAAUUCUUGCAAGAGACGCACAACACGCUGAGUUUUGCCACCAAGUCGCGAAAAGUUGUCAAUAAGCCGGUUGCUCACGAGGUGAUUGAGCCAAGAUGGACUGUGGUGGAUAGGUUGCAGCACCAUCGCGGUCUUGGUCGGCCGGUGCGGCCGGGGAUGGUGGUGGCAGCGGCUUCGGGUGCUAAGCGGCGGUGGUCAGACGAGAGCGAUGCCUUUGGAAAGCAACAGACCACCAAGCAUAGAAGGCUCAAGCACAAUCAGGAGAUCAUGGAGCGGGUCAUGCGGAUCGAGAAACAGCUGCAAAAGCCAACGCUCGAUUCGGAUCAGGUCAUGGAUCUUUUCACACCGGCUACCAAACUGAAAACCAGUCGCGGCUGGCUCAAGUAUGCGCGCGAUCUGGAACAUAAUGGCGAGCUGGAGAAGGCACUAGUGCAUUAUGAGGAGGCUCUGCGGUACGCACCAGAGCUCAAUAAGCUUGAUGCACAUAUCGCGAAGCUGAAGACCAAGAUCAGACGUGAAAGACGCCGGAGCUCGAUUGCUAGCCAUGGAUCGGCCAACAUGAGGAUUGCUGACCGCAAAGCUAUCCAAGAGCCACCCACACCGGACGAUCGUAAUGACGAGGAUUUUGUGCCAAACAGUGAUGCUUCGGACGCCGAGGAAAUUGAGGAGGCCAAACUGCUGAGUGAGAUGACGAUGUAUGGCUCGACGAGGUCACUUUCUCGGCAGCAGAAGGCUGGCGAUGAUAGUGGGCAGUGCAACUCUCCGGCUGACGCUGCAGUUGAUUUAUCUGUGGACAAAAACUCGCAUCCUGGCUCCAAACGCAAACCGAGUUCUAGUACGAGUGCAGAAGAAGAGCCCCUGGCACUGGACAGCUUCAACAGUAUAUGCAUAGCUAGUGCAAUGCAGAUGAUCAACUCGGGCGACGUAAAGAAGAUCAUGAAACUCCAGGGCAUUGGCAAGCGGCGAGCAGAACAGAUUCAGGCAUCAAUUCUGGCUGAAGGGCCUGUAGUUAACAUUGCUGACCUCAGAGACCGGCUGCACUUCAAGAACAAGAUUAUCGUCGGCAUCCUUUCCACAUUUGCGUAG